AUGUCACGUGAUCGAGACAGUUCUUCGCCGAUAUCUCGCGAGGGGAUAUUUGCUACAGCGUUCUUUAAACUGAAGCACAGUGCUAACAACGUGUUCUUCCUGAACCUGAGUCUGAUGUAUACUGUGGUAGCAUUGCUCGUACACCCCUUCUCCAUCUACUUGAUAGCAGUACAGAACCUAACAGAACCCUCUUCUACUGUCCCAAUGGUUACUUGUCAGAUAACAGGGGUAAUCUUCGAGACUUCCAUAUACUUAUCACUCUUCUCACUUACUUCUGUUAGUUUAGAUAGGUUCGUUAUCGUGUUCUUCCCGCUAAAAUACAAGUGUUUCGUGACAGUAAAGAAGGUGUACGUUUGGAUCACUAUUUGUUGGAUAGCAGUCUUCAUCUUGGUUAUACCAGUAGCAGUCAAUCACGGAGUAAACUCCUCCGAUUUUGUAGUGUACUCGACUGAUAACUCAACAACUGUGUGUCAGGGUCGUUACUGGUUCCUGGAGAGUGGAUCUGACUCAGAAGGGAUGUCCUACUUUGAAAGGCACGUGUUUGUGCACGUGGUGGCUAUUAUUUACCUCAUCCUAUGUGCCCUCUCUCUUGCCCCAAAUCUUGCAGUGAUUGUGAGACUAAACCAGUCCAUGUAUCGUACCAUUCAGAGAACUGUCAGCAAAUCUACGUCUCAGCUAUCUACCCAGGAUACCACAUUUAGCAACAGUUAUUUAGAAGAAAAAGAUGAGACACCUGCAGAUCUGAUUAGCCCCUUGAGGUGCAGUGACAUGAUGAAACUGACUGGUAAAGCUGAUAUCCUUCAAUCUAACCUCGUUAUAAUCCCCAGUACUGCCGAGUUCAAAAGCUCCUUCGAGAAAAAGGUUCCAAGCUACUGUCAAAAGCAGCAUAAAAAAGGUCUCGAUGGCCAACACGUUCAUAAUACGAAACCAGCUGGCAGUCAAGAAGACUCAUCAAGUAAAGCUCAGGAAGAGACGACAGAGAUCAAUAGUGAUAACUCUCAUCAUCAUGUGUUUGGUAAAACUAUUACUAAUAAUACUUAUUCUAAGUUUUACUUACUGUAG